GACAAGCUCUCGGAGGUUGCCAAGGUGAACACGGAUGCCAUCCGCUUGGCCCAGGAGGAGAUCUGCGAGUACCGCCGCCAGCUCCAGUCCAAGACCACCGAGCUCGAAGCCCUCAAGGGGACCCAGGAGUCACUGGAGAGGCAGAGACAGGACUCGGAGGAGCGCCAUCAUGCAGAUGUCUUGUCCUACCAGGAAACCAUCCAGCAGCUUGACAGUGAGCUGAGGAACACCAAGUGGGAGAUGGCAGCUCAGCUCCGGGAGUACCAGGAUUUGCUCAACGUCAAAAUGGCCCUGGACAUUGAAAUUGCUGCCUACAGAAAGCUCUUGGAAGGGGAGGAAUAUCGGAUCGAAUCUGGCUUUGGGAUGAUCUCCUUUCCUGAGGUGGUCCCCAAGGCUCCCAGCAUAGCCACCAACAUCAAGGUGAAGAGUGAGGAGAAGAUCAAGGUUGUGGAAAAAUCUGAGAAGGAGACAGUGAUUGUGGAGGAGCAGACAGAGGAAAUCCAGGUGACUGAGGAGGUCACAGAGGAGGAUGAGGCUGAGAAAGAGGCUGAAGAGGAGAAAGCUGAAGAGGAGGAGGAGGAAGAAGAGGAGAAAGCUGAAGCAGAGGGUGAAGAAGAAGAGGCCAAGUCUCCUGCAAAAGAGGAGGCCAAGUCCCCAGAGAAACCAGAGUCCCCCUCAAAAGAGGAGGCCAAGAGCCCAGCAGUGAAAUCCCCAGAAAAGCCACCAACCCCCUCAAAAGAAGAGGCCAAGACCCCAGCAGUGAAGUCCCCAGAGAAACCUGCAACCCCCUCAAAAGAGGAGGCCAAGAGCCCAGCAGUGAAAUCUCCCGAGAAACCUGCAACCCCCUCAAAAGAGGAGGCCAAGAGCCCAGCAGUGAAAUCUCCUGAGAAACCUGCAACCCCCUUGAAGGAGGAGGCCAAGAGCCCAGCAGUGAAAUCUCCCGAGAAACCUGCAACCCCCUUGAAGGAGGAGGCCAAGAGCCCAGCAGUGAAAUCUCCCGAGAAACCUGCAACCCCCUUGAAGGAGGAGGCCAAGACCCCAGCAGUGAAGUCUCAAGAAAAACUCCCAACCCCCUCUAAAGAGGAGGCCAAGACCCCAGCUGUCAAAUCCCCAGAAAAGCCCCCAACCCCCUCAAAAGAGGAAGCCAAGACCCCAGCAGUGAAGUCCCCCGAGAAACCUGCACCCCCCUCAAAAGAGGAGGCCAAGACCCCAGUUGUGAAGUCCCCAGAGAAACCUGCACCCCCCUCAAAGGAGGAGGCCAAGACACCAGCUGUCAAAUCCCCAGAAAAGCCCCCAACUCCCUCUAAAGAGGGGGCCAAGACCCCAACUGUGAAGUCUCCCGAGAAAGUAAAAUCUCCUGUGAAGGAGGCCAAGUCGCCACAGAAGGAAGCAACCCCGACCAAGGAGCCCACUCCCUCUCCUCCAAAGGAGCCAAAGACCCCUGCAAAGGAAGAGCAGCCCAAGGAGACAAAGGCUGCUUCCAAGCCUGGAGCUGAAGAGGGCAGGAAAGAGGAAGCUCCCAAGAAGGAGGUCCCAGCCAAGGUGGAGGAGAAGCCCAAGGAGAAGGCAGCUGCUGUGCCAGAGCCUCCAGCCCCACAGGUAAAGGAGACCACUAAGCCAGCUCCCAAACCUGCAGAAGAAAAGGCUGAGAAGGAGGCUCCACCAAAACCUCAGCAGGAGGUUGGCAAAGCAUCUGCAAAGGAGGCUGAGAAGCCAAAGGCUGAGGAGAAGGUGGAGGAGCCCAAAGCUAAAGCGAAACCCAAAGAUGAGCCCAAAGCCAGUAAAGAGCCCCCCAAGGCUGAGGCCCCCUCCAGCAAAGAGGGCAAAGCCCCAGAGCCAGCACCCACCACAGGAAAGAAGUGA